AUGGAGUUCACACAAUAUGUCGAGCAGCUGAGGGCCGGCCAACAGGUUCAGUUCCCUCCCAAAGCUCACACUCUCGACUACGCCAGGUCGCUCGACGCACAAGAUCCUAUCAAGCUGCGGGACCAAUACAUCAUCCCCACUCAGGCGUCGCUGAAGAAGAAGGCUCUUGACGGCAAGAUACCGUCUAUUGCCAAUGGCCACGCCAACGGCCUGACUGAUGGCCUUGCCAAUGGGGACGCAAAGCAUGAGGAUGAGGAUUCUACGCCGGGUGUCUACUUUUGCGGGAACUCCCUAGGUCUGCAGGCCAAGGCUGUCCGGCAACACAUCGACGCCCAGCUUGAGACGUGGGCGUCGAUCGCUGUGCAUGGGCACUUCAACAAGCUGGAGAACUCGCCGCUGGCCUGCUGGCAGGACAUGGCCGCCGAUUGCGCCGCCCACUUUGCGGACAUUGUCGGCGCGUCGCCAGAGGAGAUCGUCGUCAUGAACACGCUGACGGUCAACCUACACCUGCUGAUGGCGAGCUUCUACCGGCCGACGGAGAAAAGGCACAAGAUCAUCCUGGAGUGGAAGCCCUUCCCCAGCGACUGGUACGCGAUCGAGUCGCACAUCCGCUGGCACGGCCUGGACCCGGCGCGGUCGAUGGUGCCGCUGCACCCGGACAACGAGGCCGGAGGUGACGCGUACAUCUCGACAGAGCGGGUCCUGGCGGCCAUCGACGAGCACGCCGAGGAGACGGCGCUGAUCAUGCUGCCGGGCCUGCAGUACUACAGCGGCCAGCUGUUCGACAUGCCGCGCAUCACGGCGCACGCCCGGUCCAAGGGCAUCGUGGUCGGGUGGGAUCUGGCGCACGCGGCGGGCAACGUGGAGCUGCGCUUGCACGACUGGGACGUCGACUUUGCGGCGUGGUGCACCUACAAGUACCUCAACGCCGGCCCAGGCGCCAUCGCGGGCGCCUUUGUGCACGAGCGCCACGGCAAGGUGGUGCCGGCGGCGGACGGCAAGGGCUUCGAGUUCCGCGACCGGCUGUCCGGGUGGUACGGCAACGACAAGACGUCGCGGUUCAACAUGGCCAAGGAGUUCCAGCCGACGCCCGGCGCGGGCGGGUUCCAGCUGUCGAACCCUUCGGCGGUCGACCUGGCGUCGCUGCGGGGCGCGCUGAGCGUGUUUGAGAAGACGAGCAUCUCGAAGCUGCGGAGCAAGUCCCUGGUGUUGACGGCCUACGCAGAGUACCUGCUAGACAGGAUACUGGAAGAGGACAGACAGAACGGAGCGGAGGCGUCGUUCAAGGUGCUGACGCCGCGGAACCCGAUGGAGAGGGGCGCGCAGCUGAGCGUGCUGCUCAAGGCGGGCCUGCUGGACAAGGUGGUGGACACGCUGGCCGAGGCGGGCGUGGUCUGCGACAAGCGCAAGCCCGAUGUGAUCCGGGUGGCGCCGGUGCCCAUGUACAACACGUUCGAGGACGUGUGGCGGUGCAUCGAGGCCAUCAAGAAGGGCGCGAGGGCGUGA